AUGGGGCUUCCGGCGCUGCAGCGGAUCAUCUCCAUGCAGCGGGAGCGGCGCCGCCGGCAAACGCGAGUCCGUGGUGGAUUGAUUUCUUCAGUGCCUAAAAGAAAGUCACCAGCCCUCCAGCAAGAUGGUAAUUCUGAAGGUGGCAAAAGAAUGAAAUAUCUGCCGAGUCUUCCGGAGGACAUCUGGUGGCAUAUACAUUCACUAAUGCCAAUGCAAGAUGCUGCUCGAGCUGCCUGCGUUUCUCGUACCUUUAUGCAUUCCUGGAGACGCCAUACCAGCCUCACCUUCAGUAAAAAAACACUAGGCAUUGAUGAAGAUGUGUGUGAAAAGGAUGGUAAAGCAAGAGAUCUCACCUACAAAGUUGACAGAAUUUGGAUAGAACACCCAGGCAUUGGUGUGAAGGAAGUCAGAAUUGAGUUCUAUGAUAACAAGACCAGGGUCUGUUUUCUUGAUCGCUGGCUUCAGAUUGCCGUCACACCUGGGAUUGAAGAACUCAUUGUUAUUCCUUCUGUGGGCCAUAAAAGGUACAACUUCCCAUGGUCACUUUUAUCUGAAGGAAGUGGAAACUCGAUUCGGUGUCUGUUCCUUUCCAGGUGUGUGUUCUGUCCAACAGUCGGACUUGGCUUGAGAAGUUUGACUCAAAUUACGCUGUGUUGUGUCCAUAUUACAGGAAAUGAGCUAGCCUGCCUUCUGGACAAUUCUUUUGCUUUGCAGCAGUUGGGACUCAGCCAUUGCAGCAAGAUAAUUAGACUGAAGAUACCUUCCCUGCUGCAGCGGCUCAUCACCCUUGAAGUGUCUGCAUGUAAGAGGCUGCAGACAAUAGAGAUUGAAGCUCAAUGUUUGUCCAAAUUUUGGUUUAGUGGUGAGCGGCUAGUACAACUCUCGUUUGGAGAAGCAUUGCAAUUGAAGACCCUAGACAUGCACUGUCAUGGUGCUGUCUGUGAGGCUCGUGCCAAUCUUCCGUCCACCUUGCCAAAUCUUGAAACACUUUCUGUAUUUUCAUAUUUUGAGACGGUCAAUACACCGAUGGUCGGUAGCAAAUUUCCAUUCCUCAAGCACUUGACUGUUAAACUUGCUGCAGCCCCAGCCUAUGAUUAUUGUUCUCUGAUAUCAUUUUUUGAUGCUUCUCCUUCAUUGGAGACGUUCUUCUUGAAUGGGUUCCAGGGGAGCAUGCAACAUCCAUCCAUUUUGGCAGAUCCUUCAGGUCGGAGGCAGAUGCCGAAGCACCGCCAUGACAAGCUCAAGAAUGUGACUAUUGCUGGUUUCUCCUCUGCAAAGAGCUUGGUUGAGCUAACCUGUCAUAUUCUUGAGAGUUCAGAGUCACUUGAGUGUCUUACAUUGGACACCACGGAAGGAUAUGAUUACCUUAGGUGUUCUGUCAACAGAUCUGGCAAAUGCUUCCGCAUGCGCAGGGAUGCCAUCUUGGAAGCUCGUCGCGGGCUCUUGGCUAUCAAGACAUACAUCGAGGGAAUUGUUCCACCGAAAGUGAAGUUCACUGUUGUGGAGCCUUGCAGCCAGUGCCAUGUUGUUGAGCUUUAG